AUGGUGUUGUUUGAGCUGAUAAAUCCGGCACCGCUGACGCAGAAUGUCAAGUCCCGCGAGGCGAACAUUUAUUUGUACCGCGCCAUGUGGCUCAUCGGUUGGAUACCGCCCAAGGCGGGGCUGCUCCGAUAUGUCUACCUCUUCUGGACCUGCGUGCCCUUUGCCUUUGGUGUGUUUUACUUGCCGGUGGGAUUUAUCAUUAGCUACGUGAAGGAGUUCCGCAACUUUACGCCCGGCGAGUUUCUCACAUCGCUGCAGGUGUGCAUCAAUGUGUAUGGGGCAUCGGUGAAGUCAACCAUCACGUAUGCGUUCCUCUGGCGGCUGCGCAAGACGGAGCAGCUGCUGGACACGCUGGACAGGCGCCUGCAGACCGAUAGCGAUCGCCAGAAGAUCCACGACAUGGUGGCACGCAGCAACUACGCUUUCCUCAUCUACAGCUUCAUCUACUGCGGCUAUGCGGGCUCCACGUUCCUCUCGUACACGCUGGGCGGCCAUCCGCCUUGGUCCGUGUACAAUCCGUUUGUCGAUUGGCGCGACGGGCUGGGCAGUCUGUGGAUACAGGCCAUCUUCGAGUACAUCACCAUGUCCUUUGCCGUGCUGCAGGACCAGCUGUCCGACACGUAUCCCCUGAUGUUCAUCACCAUCUUUCGGGCGCACAUGGACGUGCUGAAGGAACAUGUGAGGAGUCUGCGCAUGGAUCCCGACAAAAGUGAACAGCAAAACUAUGAGGAUCUGGUCAAUUGUGUGAUUGAUCACAAGAUAAUACUGAGAUGCUGCGACAUGGUCCGCCCAAUGAUAUCCCGCACAAUCUUUGUGCAAUUUGCGCUGAUUGGAUCCGUGCUGGGACUCACGCUCAUCAAUGUGUUCUUCUUUUCGAACUUUUGGAAGGGCGUGGCCUCCUUUCUGUUUGUCAUUACUAUCCUUUUGCAGACAUUUCCCUUCUGCUACACAUGCAACUUGCUCAUCGAUGACGGCGAUGAUCUGGCCAACACAAUUUUCCAAUCCAAUUGGGUGGACGCCGAGCCGCGCUACAAGGCCACCCUGAUCCACUUCCUGCACAAUGUCCAGCAGCCGAUUAUCUUCAUAGCCGGUGGCAUCGUUCCCAUUUCCAUGAGCAGCAACAUAAGCGUGGCUAAAUUUGCUUUCAGCAUUAUCACGAUAGUGCGGCAAAUGAAUCUGGCGGAGAAGUUUCAGUAGGAGCAAAGUUUCACGUUAUUAUCCUGAAUUAUUCCGCACUUGUAACGGAAAAAAAAAGGAGAUUCUGCGAUUUGCAUAAAAUUGGUAUAUGUUGGGGCUUAUCCGCCACAAGAUUUUGCCUGAUUUAGUUGGUAAAUGGUAAUGGCAA